AUGACUUACAAUAUCUUGAUUUUGAACGGCCCCAACCUCAAUAUGCUGGGGUUGCGAGAACCUGAAAUCUACGGUCGCCAGACCUUGGACGAUAUUCGCGCGCUGUGCGAGAGCCACGCGGAGAGUCACGGGCUUGCGGUCGAUUUCAGGCAGAGCAACCACGAGGGCGAGCUGAUCGACUGGAUUCAGCAGGCGCCGAAGGCACACGCCGGCAUCAUCCUCAAUCCUGGCGGCUACACCCACACGUCGGUCGCCAUCAUGGACGCGCUGCGCGCCGUGGACGUGCCAGCCAUCGAGUUGCAUCUCUCGAACAUCCACCGGCGCGAGCCCUUCCGCCGGCACUCCUACGUCGCGCAGGCAGUGCGAGGUUCCAUCUGCGGGUUCGGCGCGCACGGCUACCUGCUCGCGCUCGACGGGAUGCGCGCGCUCUUGACGGAGGACUGA